ACGACUAAAAAGUGGCAUAGGCCUCAGUUCUACCACAGCUCUGGGCUUAUUUCCCUAUGAGUCAGGUAGCUCAUUUGAAUAGUGUGUAAUUACUACAGGGUAGCAAAGGUUUAGUGGUAAAAAGUGAUCUUUAAGCUCUUGACUUUAGGUUCUUUUUGGGCAACAUGUUAGCCAAACGUUUUCCCUACAGGCUCUUAUCUUGAUGCAUAUAUAAUCUUUGUCAGAGGCUGCCCGCAGUCGUGUGGGGGGGAAAACCAAGACAGAGCAGUAGAAACGCGCUAGAUGCUAGACUUUUUCUCGCUGGCUGCCAUGUCGGAUUCUUUGGACCGGUCCACAAAGAUCAACCUGUUGAAGGAGCCGGUCGUGAGGAAGCUCUGCGAGGUGUUGGACAAGUCCAGCAGCAAAGGAUGGCGAAAACUCGGAGAGAUAGUCGGCAACGAGAGGCGGGUUAAAGUCAGCUCCAACGACAUGGAGAUGUGCUCUCUGAAGGUGCUGGAGGUGGAGGGCAGCCCGAGCCGCAUGCUGCUGAGGCUGAUGGGAGAGCGAGGCUGCACCACGGGUCACUUGAUGGACUACCUCCAAACUCUGGGCAACUCAGAGGCCGUGCAGUGCCUGAAAACGUCAGCCCUGCAGAUUCUCAUUCAGCCCCAGUCAGUGGCUCUUAUAUCUGGCCACAAUCUGCGCCUCAGCUGCCACGCGAUGGGCAAAUCUCCAGUACAGUACCAGUGGUUCAAGAGUAAGGAAGAGGUGUCAAACAGCUUCUCCCCAGACCUGGUGAUAAGUCCAGUCCACCUGAAGGACGCCGGCUUUUACAUUUGUAGGGUCAACUGUGGAGAUACUUUUGAAUUCAGCCAAUGGGCUCAGGUGGACGUCCUGAAUGUCACGUCAUGUGCACCAGGGCAGAGUUACCAUUCCCUAGACGGUCGGCUGAAGUUGGUGAUCCAGCCUCAGUUCCUGCGGCUACAUGUCGGGGAAACCCUUCAGCUGGAGUGUGGAGCCGUGGGACGGCCAAUCCCUCGAUACCAGUGGCACAGAAAUGGAGUCCCGAUCCUCAACGGCACAAAGAGGAAAUUCAUGAUCCCUCACGUGAUGCAGGAUCACCACGGCAGGUAUCGCUGUGAGAUCAGCAGCAGCACUGAGAGAAUGUGGACCAAUGAAGUUGAUGUUGUCGUAGCACCAAGGAUAUCUGUCCAGAUUUCAGGGGCAAUGGAGUUCUCUGAAGAUGAUGUUUACGCCAUCGGAGGAAGUUCCAGUGAACUUUUCCUGAAUAGUAUUCCAGGACAACUUUAUGCGACUGACAAAGUGGCCCUGCUGAUCGGCAAUCUGUCCUACCAGAACCACCCGCAGCUCAAAGCUCCCAUGGUGGACGUGUACGACCUCACCAACCUCCUGCGGCAGCUAAACUUCAAGGUGGUUUCGCUGCUGGACCUCACGGAGUCAGAGAUGAGAAACGCUGUUGAUGAGUUCCUGUUGCUGCUUCACAAGGGAGUCUAUGGUCUGCUCUACUACGCUGGUCAUGGAUAUGAGAACUACGGCAACAGCUUCAUGGUGCCCGUGGACGCGCCAAACCCGUACCGGUCAGCCAACUGUCUAUGUGUGCAGAGCAUCCUUAAACUGAUGCAGGAGAAGGAGACGGGCCUCAAUGUUUUUCUGCUGGACAUGUGCAGGAAGAGGAAUAUCCACGAUGACAGCACUCCGAACAUCGUCCUGAGGGUUACAGCCAACAUUGUCUUUGGAUACGCUACGUGCCAAGAUGCCGAGGCCUUUGAGCUGAGCUCCAGUGGCUUCACUAACGGUGUGUUUGUCAAGUUUUUGAAGAAGCGACUGCUGGACGAUGAGAAGAUCACCGUGGUGCUGGACAGAGUGGCUGAGGACAUGGGUCAGUUUGAUGCUACGAAGGGGAAGCAGGCGCUGGAGAUCCGCAGUAGCCUGUCAGAGAGGAGAGCUCUGACCGAUCCUAUCCUGCCCGCCGACACCGCUGAUCUUGCUCAUGCUCAAAGCCGCCAGUGGGCAAAGGCUCACGAGCUUCCUGAGAGUAUGAGUCUCAACUUCGACUGCGGGGCUCAGAUCAAGUUGGGCUUCGCUGCCGAGUUCUCCAAUGUGCUGGUCAUUUACACUCACAUCGUUAAGAAACCCCAGGACAUGUCCGUCUGCCAAGCUCAUGUCACUGACUUCUCAGAGGACCUUGACGUGGAUCCUAAAGCGAUGAACAGAGAGACUCCAGAGGAGACGGGGAUCCACCUCCUGUCCAGCAGCCUGCCGCAGCACUGUCUCUACACCAGACUCAGCUCACUGCAGAAGCUCAGGGAGGAGCUGGUCUUCACCGUGUGCCUUCAGGGCACCUUCCCAGCAAUGGACGAUGAUCCUGUCCACUGGACCAAAAGCAUCAAUAUUGGAAAGCCACUGAUCGCCCGACUGGACCUGCACCGGGCCAUGCGGAGGAAUAGCUGCCUGCAGACCUGCCUGAUGCCCCACAGCCCGUCCCACAGCCCCUGUCACAGCCCCGGGCCUGAACACCGCCUCCAACUCCAUCACGGGCUGCACCAGGCCCAGGACUACAGCCGCCUGUCCCCGCAGCAACACUACCUGGACGUCUACGAGUGUCUUCAGGGUGCAGUGGGAGGCUGUGGGGAUUCCUGCUAUGAAAAUCUCAGCCAGUGUCACUAUGAGCCGAUGUACAACUCAGCCGGUGGGCUCUCAAGCUCGCCGGGCAGGUUCAGCAUCCCUAUAGAAGCCAGUGACGACAUCACCGAGCUGCAGACUGUGUUCAUCAACAGCCUGCAGCUUCAGCAGCAGUGAAACAGCCGCUGGGUAUUAUUCAUAUUUCUCAGAAGAGAAACUAUAAAUGUCUUUUAACAGUGUACCUGGAAUACUGCUGCUCUUACUGUAACACGUUGUUAUAUUCUUAAACUUAAAAGCAUUAUUUGGCUCAACAAGCUGUAUACUGACAUUGUACUUAACACUUAAAUUUUGUAAACAGUUUUUAAAGAAAUGAAAAAGUACAUUUCAGUAAACGGACAAGGGGUAAUUGCUGCAAUUGUUGUUUCGUAGAGCUGUGAAUUUACCGAUGUUUCUCUGACUUUUGCCAAACAGGAGAGCUACGAUACACGGUGGCGUCAAGGUGAAACGUAUCACAGUCCUCGUGUAAAAGUAUUACACAGAAUUUUUUCUAUUUAAACUAUGAGUCUGCACACAAAGCUUCGUUUGCCUUUAAUUCAAGCGGAGCAUUGUAAACAAACUACUCUGAAAGAAAAUUUGCAUUUGGUGAAGGAAACUGAGGCAGUGGGGGCUACCUCCACUAUACGCUUAGAAUAAUUAUCGGAAGCGAUCAGACCUUUUGUCAAAUAAUAAACCUGAGCAGAGAAAGAGGUGGAUGGAAAUUUUGAUCACAGACAGGGGUGGAAGAAGUAUUCAUAUCCUUUACUUAAACGAAAGUACCAAUACCACGAUGUGAAAACACUCCAUUACAAGUGAAAGUCAUCGAUUUAAAAUUAAUAUUGAUGCAUCAGUGUGUAAGCAGCAUUGUAUUGUUGUAGCUGGUCGGGUGAGGGAAUAUUAACUCCUUUAUAUACAGAUCAGUACUUUAGUCCAGAGGUGAAAGGGUCACCAUGUAAAUCGGAGGGGUCGUGAGAUGAUUAAUGGAAGAGGGAAGAAGAAAAGUCGAAGUUCUGCAGCACAAAUCUGUUUUCAUUUUAAACUGGCUAAAAAAAGUGCAACCUGUUGACAACUCAUAGACAUUUGAAAUGUGACAAGACACCCGGAGUGGACACUGCUUUCCUUGUAAGUGGUCACAUGACAAUCAGAAAUAUAUUUUUUCUUUCUUACCCAUUGAAUCAUCUUGUGACCCCCUCAGGUUUAUGUCGGGACCCUCAGGAUGGGAAUCGCUGCUUUAUAAGAUUUUAAGAUUAUUCUGGUGACUUUUUUUGUCGGAAGUGACAAUGAAGUUUAGCGGGGAUGUCACACUCACCAUUUCUGAGCUAAUGAUUUAAGACAGACACCGUUUUCCUUGUAAUGUAAUUUGCUGACUUCACAAAGAACGGAUAGUAUAGUUUUUUUUUUCACGUUUAAAAAAAAAAAAUAUUCCGUUCAGUCACAAAAAGACAUACACAAAAAGACA